UUCACACUUAUAUAAACAAGUAAACAUCGUACAAUAUAUUUGCAUACUGCAAAACGUCGUUAGAUUUUACAAUUUUGUUAGUUAACAAAUCGCAAGAAAAUCACUUUUAAACGGUUGCUGUAACAUAGGUGUUCACAAGAGUUUUACCAUAACUUCAAAAGUUGCUACUUUGACGCAGUGCUGAGAUAAAAAUGAAACGUGUUUGUGUUUUGCUACCACUGGUCUUUGUUAGUGUUUUAGCAGGUCGCCCAAUGUCCUAUGAGCAAAAGGUCUAUAGCACAAACAUAAUAAUCGCGAAUGCAGAACAUGUGUUUCCCCAAGUACUUAGAAAAAUUGUUCGUGAAAAUCAAUCGAUGGAAGAACUAGUUAUCAUGUUUGUUGUACCGGAAAAGGCAAAUAUUGAAAACGAACUGCUGAGAUACUUAGAUAUCGAAACUGAUUUGCAAAAUGAAAUAACCGCCGCCCUAACACAUGUAGAUAAUUCUGCAACGAGCUCCGAGGGUAGUACACUAGAAGUUGAUCCACCUAACUCUAACCUCAUUACACUUGGACAAACGAGAAGAGAUCUGACUUCAGACGUUCCACAACGUUUAUUCCAUACUAUAGAAUCAAAUCGAACGCAUGAUGAAGAUUACAAAAAUAAACACAUGAUGUGUCGUUUAAAAGGAUUGGUUAAAAGUCUAAUUAGUCCAAAUAGAUAUAUAAAAGAAUAUGCAUUGGGAGACACCUUGCCGUCAUCGGAUCAAGUAUAUUGUCAUCUAACUACUAUUCUUAACGAUAUUGAAUGGGCGAUAGUAUGAAAGAUAACUGCAUAAGUAGUCGUUAAUAGAAAUUAUAAAUCAUUAAUAGUAAAAAGUAUUCAAAAUUGCUUCUCAGUUAUUAUAAUUUAGACCAGGAAUGUUAGAGAUAAUUCAUUACUAAUUAUACAGCACUAUUGUUAUUCUAUUAAAAUAAUUAUUCCAAACCGCACUUUCCUCCUAAAUUUUUAAAUGUAAUGUUUUUUUUUUUUAAUAAACAGUUUUGC